AUGUCCUUACAUUCAUAUUACCAAUAUGAACAACAAAAUCAAAAUUCAUUCUUUGAUUUAUCGACUGGCUCGAUAACUGAUUUUGACUUUUUAAACAUUGAUACUGGUCGACAACAAAAAGAAUUUGAUGCUAACAAGCCAUUUCGAAAACGUCGUGAUGAUACUAAUGCUAUCAUUAAUAAACUUUAUGAAGCAACAUUAAUGCGACGACCUGGCGAACGUGAAAUUGUACGUAUAGGUGGACGAAAAAAUAAAAAUGAAAUUUUGGGCUUAACAAAUGCACGUUUCGUCAAAGAAAAACAUUUAAAUGGCAUUAAAUACUCACGUGACGUUGAACUUGUACGAGGCAUUCACACGAAUGUGAAGAAUGGUGAAUUUGUUCUCGUUCUUCGUACUGAUGGUCGUAUUGUAGCUAUGAGUGAUGAAGUCGAAUAUCAUUUAAACAAAACUAUGCGUUCACUAUAUACUCAAUGUAUGAAUAUUUUCGAAUGUCUUGAUAAAACUGAUAGUGACAAGUUACAAUCAAUUCUUAAUUUAUCGGACGAUCCAGCUAAUAAAGAGCAUCGUUUGGUUUGUACUCUUCGUUUACCAAAAGGAAAACGUCCUAGUCGUACACGAGAAGAUAUCAAGACAAUAACUAUGACUGGCCACUUUUAUUCAUGUCAUAACCCAAGUUAUGAUAGAUUAUUUAUUGCACGUUGUGAAGCUUUGGUGUCUCGUACAGUAAAUGGAACGAGUUCAUCACAAAUACCAUUCAUUAAUAAUACAACAAUGAAAUUAACAUUAAAUGAUGAUAUGACUGUUUCUAUGAUAUCAUCAAAUGUAAAGGAUAUACUUGGUUAUUCAAGAAAUGAAAUCAUUGGAAAUUGGUUUGGAAGAUUUCUCGAAACAAAUGAUUUAGAAAAAUUUGAAACAAUUCAACGUACAAAUUCACAAACACCAACACAUGUUCAUGAUAUAUUUGAUAUAUAUACAAAGAAUGGUGACAAUCGUUUAACAUUUUUAUGUCAAAUACGGCCAACUCGUGAACGACGAUCAAAAUCAAUUAAAUAUGCAAUUAUUGCUCAAUUAAUUGAUCCAUCAACGAGAAAUGAAUAUAUGAAAUAUGUUCAUACAGACAUUGAACAAGAGCAAACAAUAAUUAAAGUCGAACAUGUUGAUCUCGUAUCACCAAUAAUGCCCAAAACAAGUGAAGAUUCAAUUAUGAUUCAAAGUCCAUCACUUGCCAUGGGACUUCUCAUGUCCGAUAAUAUCAAUAAUAAUGAAUUUUGUUAUCAACAACAACUAUCACCAGUCACUCGAACACUUUCAAAUGUUGUUGCACCAUUCAUAUGGGAUGAUGAAUCUUCGCAAUUAUUCGAAAAUCAAUAUGAUCAAUAUCAAACAAAUUUACCUAUGCAAUAUUGGCCAGAAAAAAUUAUCGGUGAUACAUAUAUUAAAUAUCAACUUGAACAAGAAUUAGCAAGUAUUGAUGCACUUAUUAGUGAGUUUUAG